AGUAAAAUAAUUCACCAUGAACAUUGAUAAUUAAUUUUCCCACUAAGAUAAACUACUACUCCUCAAAUCUUCAUAUGUGUUUUUCCUUUUUGAGUUGCACUCAAAUUUUCAUAGUUGAAAUUUACCCAUCAAAACAACCAACAAUCUUUCAAAUUCAACAAACAUUUGACCUUACACCCUUUGAUGCCAAAUCCUUACCCUCUCCCUCUUCCAUAAAAAUUCUUAUAUAAACCACCAUCACUCUCACUUCUCAAUUCACUCUCUUCUCUACUCCCAAUCACCUGACUUGCCUCUUACUCCACCGCCAGGUUCCGCCCCAACUUCCCCGUGAGAAGAUGAGGGAGAUUCUCCACGUUCAAGGAGGUCAGUGUGGUAACCAGAUCGGAUCCAAGUUUUGGGAAGUUUUGUGUGAUGAACAUGGCAUAGAUCCGACUGGUCGAUACACUGGAACCUCCGAUUUGCAACUUGAACGUGUAAAUGUGUACUACAAUGAGGCUUCUUGCGGACGUUAUGUUCCUCGAGCCGUGCUCAUGGAUCUCGAGCCCGGUACCAUGGAUAGUGUGAGGACAGGUCCUUAUGGACAAAUCUUCAGGCCGGAUAAUUUUGUUUUUGGGCAAUCUGGUGCUGGUAACAACUGGGCUAAGGGCCAUUACACAGAAGGAGCAGAGCUCAUUGAUGCUGUUCUCGACGUUGUGAGAAAGGAAGCGGAGAACUGCGAUUGCCUUCAAGGUUUUCAAGUGUGCCAUUCCCUUGGUGGAGGAACUGGUUCUGGAAUGGGGACUCUUCUGAUUUCCAAAAUCAGAGAAGAAUAUCCAGACAGGAUGUUGCUUACUUUCUCUGUCUUCCCUUCACCAAAAGUAUCGGAUACAGUGGUCGAGCCCUACAAUGCAACACUCUCUGUUCACCAGCUUGUUGAGAAUGCGGAUGAGUGCAUGGUGCUGGACAAUGAAGCAUUGUAUGAUAUUUGCUUCAGGACUCUCAAGUUAACUACUCCUAGCUUUGGGGACCUCAACCAUUUAAUUUCUGCUACAAUGAGUGGUGUGACAUGCUGUCUCAGAUUUCCUGGCCAGCUCAACUCCGACCUCAGAAAACUUGCUGUCAAUUUAAUUCCCUUUCCUCGUCUACACUUCUUUAUGGUUGGAUUUGCCCCUCUUACCUCACGUGGAUCACAGCUAUAUAGGGCCUUGACCGUACCAGAGUUGACGCAGCAAAUGUGGGAUUCUAAAAACAUGAUGUGCGCUGCAGAUCCACGCCAUGGCCGAUACCUCACUGCCUCUGCCAUGUUCAGGGGCAAGAUGAGUACUAAAGAAGUUGAUGAACAAAUGAUCAAUGUUCAGAACAAGAAUUCUUCGUACUUCGUUGAGUGGAUUCCAAACAAUGUCAAAUCCAGCGUUUGUGACAUUGCUCCUAAAGGACUUUCCAUGGCAUCAACCUUCAUCGGAAACUCAACCUCCAUUCAGGAAAUGUUCAGGCGUGUGAGUGAGCAGUUCACAGCCAUGUUCAGGAGAAAGGCUUUCUUGCACUGGUACACUGGAGAAGGAAUGGACGAAAUGGAGUUCACUGAAGCAGAAAGCAACAUGAACGAUCUCGUUUCCGAGUAUCAACAGUACCAGGAUGCCACAGCUGAUGAUGAUGAGUAUAAUUACGAAGAGGAAGAAGAAAUCCCUGAACACGAGUAACUUCACUAUCUGUGAGUAAUCUAUAGUGUAUGAUGCUGCUGCCUAUAUAUAUAUAUAUGUGGUAUUAGUGUUUACCGUGGGUGUUUCCUUUUUUCUCUUCUCAUGUGUUGUUUCAGUAUGGUGUUUUGUUUGUAAUGUUUAGAGUUAUCCCAUCUUCACUUUGUAGUUGAAGUUGUGAAGUAAUGGGGAGAAAUGAGGAGCAUUGGUGUUUGUAUGAGUUUUCACUUCAGGCUUAUCAAUUGAUUGUUUGAAUAUGAACUUACCCGAUCUUACUUUAAUGCUGGCAA